AUGACCGACGACAAGAAGCUGGCCAAGAAGCUCCGUAAGGAAGCGAAGCGCCAGAAGCAGGAGGCCGAGGCUGCCGUCGUGGUCGACGAGGAGGAAGAGGUCGCGCCCAAGAAGGCCAAGAAGGAGAAGAAGGCCAAGAAGGAGAAGAAGCGCAAGCAGGCGACCUCGGACGACGAGGCCGAGGCGCCGGCCAAGAAGGCCAAGGCCGACUUUGCCAACGGCCCGUACCAGCAGCCGCCGCCGUCCGACAAGUCGUUCAAGAAGUCGUUCUACAUUGAGAGCCCCAACACAGCGGCGCUCUCGAACGAAGCGCGGCAACCACUGCUUGUACCGCCCGAUCCUCGCGUUCGCGGACGCCCGUUCCCCAAGCCGAUGCUCAAGUCGUGCGAGGGCUUUGCCAAGCCGACGCCGAUCCAGUCGCAGUGCUGGCCGAUCCUGACGUCCGGUCGUGACAUCAUUGGUAUUGCGCAGACGGGCUCGGGCAAGACGCUCGCCUUCUCGGUGCCGGGCCUUGUCCACAUCACCGACCAGCUCAAGACGAACCCGAAGAAGAAGGGCCCGAUCAUGCUCGUGGUCGCGCCGACGCGCGAACUCGCCGUGCAGUGCGCCGACGUCAUCUCCGUCGCCGGCAAGUCGGUCAACAUCAACUCGCUCUGCCUCUACGGCGGUGUGCCCAAACACGAACAGAAGCGCGCGCUCAAGGCCGGCGUCCAGGUCGUCGUUGCGACGCCCGGUCGCCUCAAGGACCUUGUCCAGGAGAAGUCGUGCUCGCUGGCCAACGUCACGUACAUCGUCCUCGACGAAGCCGAUCGCAUGUUGGACGACGGCUUUGAGAAGGACAUCCGUCUCAUCAUGGGCGAGUGCCACGCCGAGCGCCAGAUUGCCAUGUUCAGCGCCACGUGGCCGCAGUCGAUCCAGAAGCUCGCGCAUGAGUUCCUCGAGGACCCGGUCAAGGUCACGAUCGGGUCGGAUGACCUCGCCGCGUCCGAGAACGUGACGCAGAUCGUCGAGGUCGUCGAUGAGUUUGGCCGCGACGCCAAGCUCGAUGGCCUUCUGAAGAAGUACCACAGCUCGCGCAAGAACCGCGUCUUGGUGUUUGUCUUGUACAAGAAGGAGGCUGUCCGCGUCGAGACGAUGCUCCAGCGCAAGGGCUGGAAGUGCACGGCGAUCCACGGCGACAAGGGCCAGGCCCAGCGCAUGGAAGCCCUCGAGGCGUUCAAGAGCGGCAGCAUCCCGCUGCUCAUCGCGACGGACGUGGCGGCGCGCGGCCUCGACAUCCCGGACGUCGAGUUUGUCCUCAACUACUCGUUCCCGCUCACGAUCGAAGACUACGUGCACCGCAUUGGCCGCACGGGCCGCGGCGGCAAGAAGGGCAUUUCGCACACGUUCUUCACCAACCACGACAAGCCCAAGGCCGGCGAGCUCGUCAACCUCCUCCGCGAGUCGAACGCGCCGGUGCCUGAAGAGCUCACCAAGUUUGGCACGCACGUCAAGAAGAAGGAGCACAAGCUCUACGGCGCGUUCGCCAAGAACGUCGACAUGAACAAGAAGGCGACCAAGAUUACGUUUGGUGACAGCGACGACGAGUAA